AAAUAUAACUUGAAGAAUGAGACACUUGAUCAUAGUUGGUGAUACAAGUACAAGUUACUCUCGUCUCGUUUGUUGUCUCACCUUGAUCUUGUUUAUCAUCUUUGAACAUCGAAAAUGAAAGUUCUUUAUUUGGUAGCGUCGCUGAUAGGCGUAGCAUAUAGCAAGAAUUUACCUUCUUUCGUAGAGGUGUGCCACAGACCGGACGCUAAAAUAAAGGACUGUCUAGUCAGAAAUAUUGAAAAGUUGCGACCCAUGUUUCUCAAAGGCAUUCCUGAACUUCAAAUUCCAUCUCUGAAUCCCCUCAUCAUACCAAAAGCUAGUCUCGAGAUCGGCGAUAGAUUCUCUGCAGAUUUCAAUGAGAUACAGAUUUUCUUCGCCAAUGAAUUUGUCAUCGAAAAACUAGAUUUCAAUGUGGAAAAUUUCAAACUGGAUCUGUCGAUUUUAUUUCCUAGGCUGAGAAUUCUGUCGAAUUAUAACAUCAAAGGAAAACUUUUAGUAUUGGAAUUGGAUGGUAGCGGAUCGGCCGAUGGAAAUUAUACUAACGUCAGAGCCCACUUCAAAGGUGAAGGUGUCCACUACGACAAAGGCGGAAAGGACCACAUCAAACUGGACAAAACCUCGAUUGAUAUGGAAAUCGGAAAGCCACAUCUCUUUUUUGAUCGCAUCUUCGGAGACAACGAAGAACUCAAUGCCAAUACGAAUAAAGUCAUCAACGAGAACAUAGAGACGCUCAUAUCCGAACUGAAGCCUGUUAUAUCCAAAAUCGUGCAAGAAUUCAUUUCUGGAAUCACCAACAAUCUAUUUGAAAAAUACACUUUCGAUGAAUUGUUCCUUAAAAAUUAAAUGAUGGAUAGAAUUUAGGGAAACUGUAACUUUGACGAAAUAUAUAUGAUUUAUUUUUGCAAUA